AUGUUGUUUUUAUACAUUUGGUCAAAAGUAAAAUAUAGCAUUGGAAUGAAUAAAGCAUAAGAAAAUAGCUAGGAGACUAACUUUAGAUACUAUUUACUGAAGCUAACAGUUAUUUCAAGCAUGCGGUAUUAGUAAAAUAGGAAAUCAUUAAAUAAAGAUACAAAAACUAAUCCUGUAAUUCCAAUGCUGAUAUAUAAUAUAGUUUAAGAAUAUGAUUUAUCUAAGAAUACUGAAUAGUCUGAUAUUUAGAAUUCUUUUAAAUCCUUAUUUGCAAGCUUUUCUGUUAAGUCUUAUGAUAUCAUUAACUAAAUGUGA